UUGCAAUAGGAAGUCCUCUCAGUUACUGCGUCUGCGGGCUGUAGAGCACCUGCAGCCUGACCAAGAGGUUAAAUGUAGUGUCUGGCGAAAGGUAGAGUCAGAAUGAGAGGGAAACUGUUGUUGUGAUAUUGUUUGUGAAGCUACAUGGAAGAAAUGCUGGAGAAGAGAAGUGAAGGAGACAUAGACUGGGACAGGAAGAUGGGAAGAGAGAAGAUAGCAGAUUUGGGCUCCUUGAUGGAUGUAGACAUCGAGGUUGAGCUAAAUCCUGGGUUUUGCAUGGAAAUGGACUCAGAGGUGACUCUAGCGGGACAGGUGAGUGCAGGCUCACAGGAGUGCUCUGACAGUGAGGAAGUGGACUGGUUUGUGAUUAAAGGAAACACAGAUUCUCUGGUUGUGGGUGAAGACAUGAAAGAGAGAAGGAAAGCUGAGAUUGAGGCUUAUUACACGUCAAAGGAGAAUGGAGAGACUGAUGAAAAUGCAAACAUAGAUAUGGAAGAUCAGAGGAGCAAAGAGGAAAUGGUAGAGGAAGUAUUGGAUGCAUUUUUGGGGCCAAGGGAGGAAAUUGGGGUUCGUGUCCGGCUCAGUAUUGAGGAGGUGGAAAGUUACUACAGAUUUUCUUGCCGUUGCAACUGGUUAUGUGAUGAGAUCAUGCAGCUGGACAGCUGUCCUCUCCGCGCUGCUGACAUCACUCCUGACCUCCAAAAGAAGUUCGCCUUCCUUUCAGGAGGAAGAGGAGAUAAUGGCAGCCCCAUCAUUGUGUUCCCAGAAUUCCCUGCAUUUGGGGAGAUCACAGACAGGGAGUUUCACAACGUUUUGACCUACCUGACGAGCGUCCCAAGCUUGUCGUCAACAGGCGUGGGGUUCAUCCUGGUGAUUGAUCGCCGGCAAGACCGAUGGGCAGCUGUAAAAGGGACCCUGCUUCGCAUUGCAGGCUCCUUCCCAGGGAACCUCCAGCUGGUUCUGGUUCUGAGGCCCACUACCCUUCUGCAGCGCACGCUCUCCGACAUCCUCUUCAAGUUCAACAAGGAUGAGUUCAAGAUGAAGGUGCCGGUGAUCAUGCUGAGCUCUAUAACUGAGCUGCACUCCUAUAUUGAUCGCACACAACUGACCCAGGAGCUCGGGGGAACACAGGAGUACUGCCAUGAGAAGUGGAUCUCUCACCGCACAGCUAUUGAAGGCUUCGCACUGAUGGUAAAGAAAACGGCACAGACUCUGCAGUCAUUUGGGACUGAGCUGGCAGAAACUGAACUCCCAAAUGAAAUACAGGCCACAACCAUCCUUCUGAGCACACACACCAGCAAGAAAGAAAAAAUGAAGGAGGAUAUACUGGUGGCUCUGGGUCAGGGCAGCAGGCUGUUGGAGAGCAUCAAUGAGCCUGUAGUGCGAGACCCCGACCACAACAUGAACCAGGAUGAACUGGAGAAUUUGGCUACAGUUCAAAGAUUGCUGUCUCAGCUGGAUGAGACAGAACGAGCUUUUGAUGAGUUCUGGGUGAGACAUCAAACCAAACUAGAGCAGUGUCUUCAACUGCGCCACUUUGAGCAUAACUACCGAGAGGUGAGAGCUCUGCUGGAUCAGGUGUCUGAGAAACUUGCAACCUUCUCUGAGGUUGGGAUCAGUCCAGCCCAUGCUGACCACAUCUUCAUUGAGCUCACGACCUAUGAGGAGAAAGUCUGUGAGGUUCUGGCCAGAGCUGCAGCCUUGUCCCAGGAGGGUGAUGAACUGAUCCAGAAGUCCCACUAUGCUGAGGACUCCAUUCAGCCCAAAUGCAGUGAGCUUAGAACAAUCAGUGAAACUGUGAACAACAAUCUGAGAGCCAAGAAGGACCAUCUCCUCAAAGCCAGGGAGCUACACCACCGGCUGGAGCGGGCAUCAAAGUGGGUUGAUGAUGGCAUAUACCUGCUGGCUUCUCAGCCGGUUGAUAAAUGUCAGUCACAUGAGGGAGCAGAGUUGGCCCUGCAGGAGCUGGAACGUUACCUGGAUAAUGCAGGCGAGAAUCAGCUGACAGACCUCAGCACCAUCUGGAAAGACUACGAGGCCGUGCUGAACCAGCAGUUUAGGGACCAAGUGGAGAAAGUUUUCCAGAAGCAGGCGUCCAUGCAGGAGAUGUUUGACAAGAGGAGAGUCAGCCUCAAGAAGCUAGCAGCUAAACAAACCAGGCCUGUGCAGCCAGUAGCCCCGAGACCCGAAGCCUUCAUCAAAUCCCCUCUCAGCUCACCUGCACGCAGAGCAAAGCUGGAGAAGAAAUGCUCAGAGACAGACUCGGGCAACUGUGAAAAAGGAAAUGGCCAACUGAAGAACGGAGACAGUAGCAGCAGACAUACCUCUCUGUCAGAGGAGGAGGAGAACCUGGCAGUGCUCAGGCGACAUGUUAUGAACGAGCUGCUGGAAACUGAGAGGGCUUACGUGGAGGAGCUGCUCUGUGUCUUACAGGGAUAUGCCUCUGAGAUGGAUAAUCCAGCAAUGUCUCACCUUAUCCCUGCGCCUUUGCAGAACAAAAAGGAGGUUCUGUUUGGCAACAUGCCGGAAAUUUACCACUUCCACAAAAGAACUUUUCUGAGGGAGCUGGAGCAGUACACAGACUGCCCAGAGUUGGUUGGUAGAUGCUUCUUAGAGAGGAUGACAGACCUGCAGAUCUAUGAGAAGUACUGUCACAACAAACCUCGCUCUGAGAGCCUGUGGAGGCAGUGCUCAGACUGCGCCUUCUUCCAGGAAUGCCAGAAAAAGCUGGAACAUAAACUGGGUUUAGAUUCAUAUCUCCUGAAGCCGGUUCAGAGGAUUACCAAGUACCAGCUGCUACUGAAGGAAAUGCUGAAGUACAGUAAGGGCUGUGAAGGGGCUGACGACCUGCAGGAUGCGCUGACCUCCAUCGUGGGGAUCCUCAAGGCUGUCAAUGACUCCAUGCACCUUAUCGCCAUUACAGGAUUUGAGGGUAAUCUGAGUGAGCUGGGUAAACUGCUUAUGCAAGGAUCAUUCAGUGUGUGGACCGAGCACAAGAAAGGCCACGCCAAGGUUAAGGAUCUGGCCCGUUUCAAGCCCAUGCAGAGACACCUCUUCCUCCACGAGAAGGCCCUGCUCUUCUGCAAGAGGAGAGAGGAGAACGGGGAAGGUUAUGAGAAAGCUCCUUCAUACAGCUUCAAGCAGUCCCUGAAUAUGAGAGCCGUGGGCAUCACUGAGAAUGCAAAAGGAGACAACAAAAAGUUUGAAAUUUGGUGCAACUCCAGAGAAGAAGUCUAUAUUGUUCAGGCACCAACGGCUGAAGUCAAAACCACUUGGGUAAAUGAGAUCAGGAAGGUCCUGACGACCCAGCUGGAGGAAUGCAGAGAAGCAAGCCAGCAGAGGGCACCAGAUCAGGCCACCCAUGCUCCACCUGUUCCCACUGGAACCGUAAGUCUCAGCCCAUUCAAGACAGGCCAGAAGAGCAUUAAAAAGGGAGAAGAGAAGAAAGCCGAGUCAUGCAGUCCUGAUGUCAAUUCCUCCUCUUCUGUAAAGGCUGCAGGGAAAGAUGAGGGUGUGACAAGCCCGACCUCAGACAGAGCUGCUGUGGCUAAAAAGCGCUUUACUUUACAGGGCUUCAGUAACCUCAAAGCUCAGAAAGAGCCCUCAAGUACUGAUGACAAAAGUUUUACAUUACCCAUGACAGUCUUCCCAUCAUCAGGAUCUCCCACCAGCCCAGAUCACAAGACGAAACGCCAGAGUGAUCCCACACCAUUUGGCUUUAAAGAUGCAGGUCCUCCAGCCCUCCACCUGACCAGAGCCAGGUGGUUCAGCACCUCUAGUCUCUUACAGACAAAGUGGAGAGGCUGGAAUAAAGCCUCCCUGUCACUCGAUGCCUCAGGGGAACAUGACGGCUACUCCAGCGCUGAAGAUCCUCUUAACUCUGACCCAGAAGACGAAAAUGGCAAGAAGCUGUGUGCUGGAAAAUACACUGUGACAGCUGAGUAUGAGAUCGGUGGCGCUCAAGAGCUCUCUGUGAAGAGCGGCGAUGUAGUGCAGCUGGUCAAGGAGGGGGAUGAUGGACAGUGGCUUGUGCGUAACUUAAACACAUCUAAGGAGGGUUGGAUUCCUGCUGCUAAUCUUAUCAACCUCAUUGGAAAAUCAAAGUCUUGUCAGUCUCUCACCAGCUCAGAAGGCAGUGGCUCUGGGAACCUCAGCACAUCAUCUAGCUGCAGUGAGACCUACACGAGCUUCUCUGAUAUCAAACCCUGAAAUACUCAGCACUUUCUUCAUCAUCAAACUGCCAUCAUUCCUACAUCAUGUGGCUAUCUGUACUGUUUUGCCAGCAUCUGUAAUCAUGAAUUUUGUCAAUUUUCCACAGAAAACAGAAGUUACAAAGGUAACUAUAGUUUUAUGAAUUCUAGGAUCACUGCCGGUGGCAGUAAACAAAAUGUCUCCUCAUAGUCUGCAGGUGUUGAAAUCUUAUAUAAACAAAAUCAUAUGCAUGAUGUGUAGGCUACCUGUGCGUAUGCGCUGUAAAUAACUUGGUAGGCUACAUAUGAGCUCUAUGAAACUUCUCAUGCUGAAAUUUUCCAAGUGACCAGCAUGACUGGCAAUCAUCUUGGGUUUCACAGAAUCACAAUCGUCUUUAUAACUUCUGUACUGUUUUACUUCUUCCUUACUGCCAGUGGCAGUAAACAAAGUGGAUGACUUAAAGCAGCAUCAAGAGGAACAGACAUCUUCUAGUCAACCAGUGGCUGGUAACGUGAAUCCACAGGCUGACAGAACCUCGCAAAUGUACACGGUGUUCCCCAAGAUGCCGCUGCACAGAUUAUGCACAGAUGGAACACCCCACAUUGCUGUCCAGGAGGUGGCCGCACCCCUGGUAGAGUGACAGAUGACACCUGUAGCAGGCAGGCACACCUGCUACUUCAUAUGCCUGUUUCAUCCUGUUUACAGCUCAGUGGGAAUGCCCCGGUAUGAACACAUCUUUUCUCUUGUUCUUUUCAUUAUAAGAAAUCAAGGACAGGUCCCAUGUUGCAGUGCCCCCCAUGUCCCAAUGUUCAAGGUCCUAGCACACCUGCCAUAAUAGUAAAAGACCAGCAGAGCUUCAGUUCUUCCAAAAAGCUCUUCUUCUGAGUUGCCAAUGGCAAAUACAAACCAGCCACACCUUUAAGAGGGCAAAAGACUAAACUCUGACAAUGACAGUCUGAAUGACAACCUCCUACCCCCUACUCCAAGGGAUGCUUACCUCCCCAACAUAGAUUAUAGAUCAUUAAUUAUCAACCUAAAGAACAAUUAACCAAGAAAAAACAGGCUGACAGCAUGAAAAUCAACGGGGCUGGGCUACCAGGUGGUAUUUCCAUCACAUUUUAGCAUAUAGGAUCUCACCCUGUGUGGCAUAUGAGGAGACAUAUUUGCUUUGUUUUCCUGCCACUGGCAGUCAUGAGUGAAUGAAACAAAACUGCAUUUUUUUUUUUCAUUUUUCUAACCUCUCAGAUAAACUGCACAUUGAGAAUGUUAUACAUUUACUGUGAAGGAACAAAACACAUGCAUAUGGUAAUUUCACUGUAUAGAUCUGUCAUGGAGACAGAAGAUCCACAUGCUGAUAAUGUAAUAGAUGUAUGAAUGGGCCAGCAGGACUGAUCUCAGUGAAUGCAUCUAUUUAUGCUCACACUAAAAGCAGGGAGAGGUUAGUGGACAACAGCUGUCUUUGUGUUCACAUGCACUAAUUUCCCCAGGAGUUCAUAUUUUAACUCUGAAUGAGAAAGAGGGCAAUGUCCACUUUCUUUAGCUUGAAUGAAUUGUUCCUGAGAGCCGCCUCUCUGUCCACUUUUUAAAAAAAUGUUUAUUUAUUUGAAUGAAGCACCCACAGAUAUUCAUCCACUCUUUAAUUUUAUUGUUGUCUGUAAACUCUCCUCCUGUCUGCUGUCAGUCUGUCAUUAGAAACCUGUUCUGUCACCAGCUCUCCAGAGUUUGUGUGUGUGAGCUUUUGUCCUUUUGCUUUUGUCUCUGAUAGCCUGGUCAAACUCUUUGUGCAUUUUCAUAUAUGCUACAGUUUUACAAAUGUAUCCAUGUGAAUAAUGGGAGAUCACUGUAUAGGCUAACUUAUUCCCAGCAGAGGGAAAAUGUUUGGAAUGUAGAUAUUGUUUAUUAAUAUGUGUCUGUCAUGAUAUGUUUGUUAAAGGAGAUGCUAUAUUGUACAUUAAGUAUGGUGAUGUCACUGCUUUGUGACUUGUCCAGUUUUUUUUUUUUACAUAAAU